CAACUUUAAAACAAUACUUGUCAACUUGGGUCCUAAAAAUAAGGGGGAUGCCUUUGUGUGAAUAGAGAAAGUUUCCCACAAAACUUCAAAACAGAUUAAUCAAGAAUCUUUCCCCCUUUUCUCUUUCUUGAAACCCUCAAACUGACUAUCUUAACAUGAUUAAGAUAUUGGAAUCAAUCCACCUAUUCUUAUUAAUCUAUCUCUCAUUCACCAGUUUCUUGGCACAAUCUGCCCCUCAGAAUGCAAUAGUUUCUCAAGUUCCUGGGUUUAAUGGCAUUCUUCCCUCCAAACACUACGCUGGGUAUGUGACACUAAAUGAAAACCAUGGGAAAAAAUUAUAUUAUUAUUAUGUGCUUUCAGAAAGAGACCCUUCUAAGGAUCCAGUGGUUCUUUGGCUCAAUGGUGGCCCUGGUUGCUCCAGUUUUGAUGGGUUUGUUUUCGGACAAGGUCCAUUUGAUUUUGAGAAAACUGAAAGCAUGCCGAAGCUUCAUAUAAAUCCUUAUGCAUGGAACAAGGUUUCAUGUGUGAUAUUUUUGGACUCUCCUGUUGGAGUUGGAAUGUCUUACUCCAGAAACAGAUCCGACUAUAUCACCAGUGAUGUAAUAACGACUUUAGAUUCCCACAAAUUUCUCCUUGAGUGGUUCAAGUUAUAUCCUGAAUACCUUUCAAAUCCUUUUUUCAUCGCGGGUGAGGCAUUUGCUGGAAUUUACAUCCCUCUAUUGUCUGAUCAAGUGAUGAAAGGACUUGAAGCUGGUGAUAAACCCACUCUCAACUUCAAGGGUUACAUUAUCGGAAAUGGACUUUGCGAUGAAGCGUCUGAUCACAAUGCUAUUGUUCCAUUUGCACAUGGGAUGGGCCUCAUUUCGGAUGAAUUAUAUCAGGAUGUUACCAAGGUGUGUGAAGGGAAAUUUUACAAACCUCCAAGCCUAGAAUGUGAAUUCCAGCUUGACAAAGUUUACCAACAUCUUGAUGGUCUAAACGUGGAUAACAUUAUCAAACCAUGCUUUAUUGGAAAAAAGAUUAGACAUGAAAAUACGAAAUUGCCACUGAGCUUUAGGAAAUUGGGUGAGACUGAAAGGCCACUUCCUGUGCGAACCAGAAUGUUUGGGCGUGCAUGGCCUUUUAAAGCUGCGGUGAAGCCUGGUUAUGCGCCUUCUUGGCUGGAGCUUCUCAACGCCACACAAAUUCGAGGCUCCCCAUGUUCAGACGAUAGUGUGGCAAUUAAAUGGCUAAACAACGAAGCAGUUCGAAAAGCAAUUCACGCCGACCCGAUUAGUAAAGCUGGAAAAUGGGAGAUAUGUACGGGCAGGGUAAAAUAUAAUUCAGAACUUAUAACCGUGAUUGACUACCACAAAAAACUCACAGCUGGUGGCUAUCGCGCUCUUAUUUAUAGCAAAGGGAGCCAUAAACACUGUUUUGGUCACAUAAAUGGAAGCAUAGUGGUGGAGGUGCGAUAUUCAAUACAGGCGUUCCCAGGUUGCCCAAAAAAUUGCAAGUGCUCCGAGAUUGACCUCCAAUGUGAUGGGCCUUGGGGUGGGGUUGUGUGGUUUACCAUUUGUUUUGAGAUCUUACUCCUCCAUAGAGUGAAGUUAUUCUUACCGAUGAACUUAUAUAUCACCACAUGAGGGGUUAUUACUUUGUUUCUUUGCUACCCAAAACACCUUGAAAAAAUACCCUUCACUCACUGAUUUCCCACGGCCCAGGCCAAGAAUUUAUACAUCGAUAUACAUUGGAUGUUGAAAAUAUAGUCUUUAUGACUAGCGACAAGUUCUACCUAGGUGGGUGAAGAAACCUUUAUUGGGUUUAUUAGUUUAAGCUCCACUCAAGUAUUUGUUUUUUUCAAUUCUUGUUUUGAAGACAAAAAUUGUUCUGGUAGGUUUUAUUUUUUAUGAAAGGUUGCACCCUUUCAUAAACCAUUAUGGUUGUUAGGAAUUGUUAUAGAAUGAUUGUUUAAUUAAUAAUGAGGAUUAAACCUCAUAUAAAUAGGGAUACAUAAAUGCUUUUGGUCUAACCUAAACCCUAAGGGCCUUUUUUUUGGAAACGACAAAUGAUUAAUCAGAAGCCUACUUGCAUAUUUCAACGAGCACCCCGGGUUCGAGCUCCUUUACAGGGCAAACUCAGCCUCCAUAAGGAACCCUAAGGGCCUUGGGUCUAAACCCUAGAUGCUUACAUACAACCCCCCCCCCCCACACACACACACACACACAUUUUGGUCGAGAGAAGUCAAUUAAACUGGAAAAAUAAACAAAAGAACAAAAAUUAAAAAACAUAAAUGAAGACAUCGUCAACAGCAUUGGCAGGGCUCUAAUGCUAGCGGCUAACAACAACUGCUCUUCGGGGAAAGAAAGAGAAAAAGCAUCAGCUAGUGGCGGUUCCGCUAUAAAAGAAGAGAGGGACGACGAUGGUGAUAAUUAGCGACAAAGGAGUAGAGGAGUCUGAAGCAGCGCAAAAGAAAACAAAAAAGAAAGAGGGUUUGAGCUGCGGCGGACGGAGCCCAUUCCGACUGACUUAGAAAAGAGAUAUGAAGAAGAUGCGAGUUGAGGAGGAGGAAAAAGGCUCCAGGGGCCAUCCGAGGAGGAGGUAUAAGCAGACAAGGCAGUUGAAGAAGCCAAUGAAAGAGCUCUGCUUUGGUGCUGACAACUGUUUUAUUAUUUAGGAUGAGAGAAAAAAAAAGGAAAAAUAUGGAGCAUAAUGAAGGCACCUCAGAUGACUAUGAGAGAAUGUCGUCGUAGGUAGAGGGUGACGACUAAGGGUUGUGGUUAGCAGUAGGGUUUUAACCUAGAGCUCUAAUAUCAUGUUAUAAAAUAGAUUGUUUGAUGAAUAGUGAGGGUUAAACCUCAUAUAAAUAGGGAUACAUAAGGGGCCCUUGGCCUAACCUAAACCUAAGGGCUUUGGGCCUAAACCGUAGAUACUAACAUACUAACACGAAUUAAGUUUAUAAAGGCAUUUGUUUUCCUUUUAUUUUGUUAAUCACAUUUUCACAUCUUUAAGAUUAUCAUAGAAAAAUGCAACGUAUUGCGUUCAUGAGAAGGGAUUGUGGGAUCAUUGCAUAACUUCUCUAAACUCGAGGAGGUCUUGUGAAGAUCUUACCCGACUAACCCAAACAUACAAUAGUGUGAGCUACUUAUCCUUAAGGAUAGUGACUCUGUCAUGUCCUCCUUUUACUAUUUUUCACAAUUUCGUUUCUGUUUUUUACACACUGUUCUAAUAUCGGGUAAAAAUUUGUGUUUCUUUUUGUAUGUGAACUUGUGUGCUUGAUUCUCUAUUCAAUCCCAAAGCAUAAUUCUUUUUGUAGAGAUAUCACAAUUAUGGAAUC